GCCGAGCGGGGCGAGGAGCCCGCGGGAGAUGAUGGCCCCGCCGCCCGCCCCCGCCGUGUCGGGCCCGCUGGCCGUGCUGGACCCCACAGGACAGUUUGCAAAAAGGAAGAAGACUUCACUUUGGUUCACAGUCGCACUGCUGGUGGUGUCUGUUUUCAUACUGACCAUAGGUCUGGCAGCUACCACACGAACAGAAAAUGUCACUGUGGGAGGCUACUAUCCAGGCAUUGUGCUUGGCUUUGGAUCUUUCCUAGGCAUUGUGGGAAUCUACCUGGUAGAAAACAGAAGACAAAUAUUGGUGGCCUCCAUCGUAUUUAUCAGCUUUGGUGUUGUAGCAGCCUUCUGUUGUGCAAUAGUUGAUGGAGUGUUCGCUGCACGACACAUAGAACCCAGACCUCUGUAUAACAAAAGAUGCCAGUUUUAUUCGAGUGGAAUAGGAUUCCUGUAUGAUGCCUACCAGACUGAGGUGACAUGUCAUACCCUAAACAGCAAGUGCCAGCUGAAAGUGAAGAGUAACACAUGCUAUUGCUGUGAUCUGUACAACUGUGAGAAUUCAGACCAGUCCUCCAGCUACUAUGAAUUUCUCGGCGUGAGCAGCUGUCAGGAUGUGCUUCACCUGUACAGACUGUUGUGGUCCUCCACAGUCCUCAACAUCAUCGGGUUGUUUCUGGGGAUUAUCACGGCAGCCAUUCUUGGGGCAUUUAAAGACAUGGUACCUCUGUCCCAAAUCGCUUUCAGUGCUGCACCUCCUCCUCAGAUCCUGUACAACCCUGCCCAGCAGAUCCUGACAUACGCUGGGUUCUGUCCUUCCACGGCAACAAUUUCUACAUAUCCGUCCUACCCACUGCCUCUUCAGCCUGCCAGCAAUUUUCCAGGAACAUCAUCUACUGACAUUUCUUUGUCAGAAGAAACUCAGCCUCCAUCUCAGUCCAGCUCCAGCUACGGUCUUCCUCCGAAUGCCCCAGCCCUCUAUACACCAACUUACUGCUUGCCUGGAGAAAAGCCUCCACCAUAUGCACCAUAGAACAAAGAAUGUAUUUUAGUAGCUGGUAGGCUUUGAUUUUGUUUUAAAGAAACCUCUGGAAACUGUGCUGUGCAGGCAUUAGACUUCCCACAGGAACCCAGCACAGAGUGUGUUACUGCCACUCCGCUUUUACUCACAUCUCCCUGUGAGCUGGGCAGAGCCCUGGAACUGUAAGGGCAGACACAUCAUCACUCAGUUUACCUGCAGUCAGAUGUAGUAGAACUCUCUGGCUACUGUAAGCAUGAGAUGUUUCCCUCUCAGUCCACUGCAAAAUAGAUUUUCUUCAUGAGGAAAAAUGAAGAAAACACUCCGGAUACGUGUUCUGCUUUCAUAAACCAGUGUCGAGGGGUUUUAGCCUGUGUUGUGUGAAUGGAUAGCUGGGAGCUCUCAGAGUCAAUCAUUUUGGGUAGCAAGAGUUUGUUUGCUUGUAGUGUGUAAUAACUAAAGUGAAAGUGUUGUACCAAUAAAGUGUGGC